AUGUCUUUUACUUCUAUGAAUCAUUUCCCUGUCAACAACAUUAAUCUAAUUUCUUGGAACAUUAGAGGUUCGGGGAAAAAAUCUUCUAAUAAGGAGCUCAGCCUCCUCGGUAGGAAUGUUAAUCCCGACAUCAUCUUUCUAUCUGAAACACAAAUGAACAAAGACCUAGCAGCUAGGAAAUUAAAGAAUAUGGGCUUCCCUUGUACCUUCAAUAUCUCUAGUGUUGGUAGAAGUGGUGGUUUAGUUCUAGCUUGGAAAAAGGAGAUUCAUAUGAACAUCUUAUCUUCUAGUUUGAGGGGAAUCCAUGUUACUACUACUGAUAUUAUUCACUCAAAAAACUGUCACAUUCACAUCAUAUAUGGGGAACCUAAUAGUACUCUUAGACAAGCUUUCUGGGAACAACAAUGCCAACUACCUCAAGCCCCUUUAGAUGAACCAGUUUUCUUUAUAGGGGAUUUUAAUGCUAUCUUAAGCACUGAAGACAAGAAUGAUGGCUUAGAAUUAAAUGAUUCUGAUUUUUAUAAUCUUAGGAACUUCUAUUCUGUUUUUAACUUGCAUGAUCCUGGUUUCUCUGGCCCUAGAUUUACUUAG